CCACUGACACCACACAUUAAAUGCUAUGCAGCCUUCACCACUUUCACUUAGCACCUAUCACCAUUGACACCUACUUACAAACCUCCAAAAAAAUUUCAAACUAUAUAAAAAAAAAACCUUGCUAGGAGUAUCCUUAGAACAUAACAACAAAUAUUUUAAGAAAUUGGUUAAAAAACUAAAAAAAAUAUAUAUUUAUCAUAAAAAUCAUAAAAAAAGAAGAAGAAAAGGAGCACUUGUCAGCAUUUGAAAAAAAAUAAAAAAUACACAGACAUUGAAUUGAACCCCAAAGCUUGAAACUUGAAACCUCCAACAAAAGUUGCCACUUACACAGUAGCCAAGAUUGCAUUUUUCCCUCCUUCCUUGUCCAGAAUCAUCAAACAUCACAACACAAACCUGAAAUGCCUACUACCACUUUUUCUUGCUUCCUCUUCACCUUCCUCAUCAUCACUUCCAGCAUUGCCUGUGUGGCUGGAGCUGUGGGGGUGAAUUGGGGCACCAUGGCUUCUCACCCCCUUCCACCCCACAAGGUGGUGAAGCUCUUGAAGUCCAACAGCAUCACCAAAGUCAAGCUCUUUGAUGCCAACUCUGAUGUUCUUCAGGCCCUUUCUGGCUCCAACAUUGAUGUUAGUGUGGGUGUUCCCAACACUAUGCUCAGGAGCUUGAACUCUUCUAAGAAGGCUGCUGAUAGCUGGGUCCAUGAUAAUGUUACCCGCUACAUGCCUAAUGUGGGCAGUGUGACACGAAUCGAAUAUGUUGCAGUUGGUGAUGAGCCAUUUCUUAAAAUCUACAAUGAACAAUUUCAUCCCUUCCUAAUUGGAGCUGCUAUGAACAUUCAAGCAGCUUUAAAGAAAGCAAAAUUGGACAGCAAAGUGAAAGUUGUGGUUCCAUGUAGCUUUGACAGUUUCGAGUCAGGAUUUAACCUGUCCUCGGGAGUGCAUUUGAGGCCUGACAUUAACAAAACCAUGAUUGAGCUCCUCACAUUUCUUGAUAAGCAUGGAUCACCUUUCUUUGUGACCAUUUCCCCAUUCGUAACCCACCUUCAAACCAAAAACAUUUCGCUGGAUUUCUCCCUCUUCAAAGAAACUGCACGCCCUCAUAAUUUUAGCCAUAAAACAUACAAAAACAGCUUUGACUUAAGCUAUGAUACAGUGGUUACUGUAUUAUCAACAGCGGGAUAUCCUAAUAUGGACAUUGUCGUGGCGAAGAUUGGUUGGCCAACAGAUGGUGCUGUCAAUGGAAGUUCAUACCUUGCAGAAACCUUCAUUAAAGGCCUUAUAAACCACCUUCAUAGUAACUUGGGGACCCCACUUAGGCCACACAAGCCACCACUUGAAACAUACAUUAUGAGCCUUCUUGAUGAGGACCAAAGGAGCAUUGCUUCUGGAAACUUUGAAAGGCAUUGGGGUUUGUUCACUUUUGACGGCCAAGCAAAGUACCAUGUGGAUCUUGGCCAAGGUUCAAAGAGCCUCGUGAAUGCUCAAAAUGUUGAGUAUCUCUCUUCUAAGUGGUGUGUUGUGAACAACAAUAAAGACUUGUCAAAUGCAACUGCCAGUGCUUUAGAGGCUUGUGCAAGUGCUGAUUGUACUGCACUGUCUCCUGGUGGAUCUUGCUUUAACAUCAGCUGGCCUAGUAACAUAUCAUAUGCUUUUAAUAGUUACUAUCAGCAGCAUGAUCAGAGAGCUGAAAGCUGUGACUUUGGAGGUCUAGGUUUGAUCACUACUGUUGAUCCAUCCAUGGAUCAUUGCAGAUUUCCCAUUGAGAUUCGCGUCUCUCACUCAGAAUUUCACAGGAUGUGUAAUUUCCUGCAGGUGAUUUUACUUGUAACAACCCUCUUCGUGUCUUUGGCACUUUGACAUUAGGGAGGAUCAUAUUUUGGCCUGCCGUAAUUUUUUUGUAGAUGUAUAUUGAUGAAUUGAAAUGGUUAGCACCUUUUAUUUUAAUUUACUUAUGCAGGUUAAAUACGAAUAAUGUCACUUUUCAUUUUUACUCA